GGUUUUUAGUUUUAUACUGUAGAAAAAAACAUUCAAUACAUUUUUGUAGAGCAUUUCACUAUGAAUCUGUUGGGGGAAAUAUUGGUCUUGUAGCACCAGGAAAGUAGAAGAUAUGAUCAAAGCAAAAUUGCCCGAUUGUACCAGAGUUAUCCGAUAGGUCUCAAAUAUUUUUUAUUUCAGACAUAUGUAGUUCUAUGAUCAAAAAUAAAGACGAGCAAAAACCACUAUGAAUUCUUUUGAACACAAAUCCGCAAAUAUGCAAAACCAUAGUAUUUGAUUCACAACUAAAACUUCUCUUAAUAUGUUGGAGUACAACCAGGGCGAAAAAAAGAAGUGCUGCUGAAGGAUUAUAAUGUCAUACGUGAUUAAUGCUUCAAGCCGCCUGAAUGAUAUUACUAAAACUUUCAUAUUACUGUUCUAUUCACAACACAAGGGUUGCUGUCCUAAUAAGAGUUAACUACCAGUAGAUAAACAUGCUUCGUCGAAAUAGAUCAUAUACAAAGCAGCUUUCUAUCUUAUGUAAGAACCUAACGAAGAAUUUUUUUAAGAAUGAAAAAUCAUCCUUGUACAAAUAUAUCGUCCCUCCAUUAUUUCCCCAUAUUUUUGCUUCGAUAACUCUUCCUUCCCCCAUCCUACUUAUGGUCAAAAACAUGUUGUUUGAACAUGGUGUUGACACAGAACUCUUCUCAUCUUCGAAAGUGAUAUUCACACUUUUACUUUUCCGUAGAUUGACGUGGACCGGUAUCCCCUACAAGUUGCCGAAUCCUGCGAGUCUCCAUCUUUCACAAGCCAUUAAAAAACAUCGACACUCGUUGCAUUUUGAAAGUGGCAGUAACUGAGUCUCCACAAUUUUUUCACAAAUAAAAACAUGAAUUUCACAGAAUUCCGACUGAAUUACAGCAGAAUGAAGGAGAAUCAACCAAUUCGUAGUGAGAUUUUUUUAUAUUAUACCGAUUUCACUGCAUUCGGGCUGGUUCUUGAUGUUCUCCAGAGGGAAUGAAUCCUGUGGAUCCUUGAACGUUUCUUGGAAUUGUUGAACUUGACAUUGGUCAAAGAGAAAUGUUCCUUUCGUAUAAUUUUUCACUCAUUUUUUUGGAAAUAUAGGAAGGAAUUUCACAACAUCAAUUCUACAUUUUAUAUUCUAGUUCUGGUUCAACAGCUUUUCCGAAGCCAAUUUAUCUGGAUAAUAAACGUCUGUUAAAUCCAUACUAUAUUUACAAAAACUUUAAUGAAGAUAAUUACAAACCGAACGAUACCCUUUUGUCAAUGGCACCAUUUUUUUAUGAAUAUGGCUUUCGUAUGACAUUCAUAAUGUGGCAAAAUAAGGGAAUAUAUGCACUACCAUUAACGCGCACGGUUCCACCAUCACCGCACGACGUAUUAGCAAGUAUUAAAAGUGGAAAAAUAAAUAUUUUUGGAAGUGCUCCGGCUGCACUGGAACAAUUAAUUGAUACAAUUAAAGUAGAAAAUAAUAAUGACUAUUCACCACUGAAACAACUUCGGUACAUAUCAUUUGGAGGAGCCCCGUGUCCAGACGAAUUAUGUAAAAAUAUAUUAGAUAAUGGUAUUGAACUUAGAUGCGAAUAUGGAUCAACAGAAACUGGUCCGUGUAUGUUUUAUGAUUUCGAAUCACCAUUAAUUAACACACGUUUGAAACGGAUGCGAAUUCCAAAUAUACGAAAACCAUAUUUAACAUUUAUUCCAGAAUCAGAUGAUUCAAAUAUUAAAGAAUUAGUUUUAUUACCUAAUGAUCCAUUCAAAGCAUCAAAUAUAUCAAAUCGUUCUGAUGCCUUAAUACAAGGUCGUAUUGAUGAUACACUUAUUCAUACAAAUGGUACAAAAACAAAUGCAAUACCGAUUGAGCUCACAAUAAGAGAACAUUUAAUUGUUAAACAAGUUGCUGUUAUUGGUCAUGAUCGAUUUUGUACAUCAGCCAUAAUACAAUUGAAUAUUGAUGAAGCAUCUAAAUAUCAAUUGAAUGAAAUUGACAAACAAGUUUGGAUGGCAAUUGAAGCUGCAAAUAGAAAUUCACCAAAACACUCACGUAUACUGAAAGAAAUGUACACAAUAUUACCAAUGAAUAAAUAUCUACCGGUAACAGAUAAAGGAAAUAUAAUGAGAAAAAAAAUAUUGGUAGAAUAUGAAGAUAUUAUUAAUGAUAUGUACAAUAAAUUUCUCAACAAUGUAGAUGAACAUCAACAACAAUCCGGUACAUAA